AUGAAUAAAAUAACGCUUGCAAAGUUUAUAUUUACUGGUACUAAGGUAAAUGACGAGCAUGAAGAUAUAUAUGAUAUUAUAAAAUCUGUUGAUGGUACUGGAAAUGUGGAGUAUGGUGUACAGGAAUUUCACCAAUGUCACCCUGUUGUAGACUUUCAUGAGCUGGAAAUUCCAAUUAAUAGCACAGAUAAUGAAGAAUUUGAGUCCCAAAUCACUUCCAAUACACUGGAAAACAUAUCUGUAGUUACAACUCAGAAGCUUUCUGGUAGUGAAGAGUAUAAUUCACAACUUUCUAAAGAUAAUGGCAGUGUUAACGUUAUAAUUGAGGAUGAUCGUGAAUAUCCGAGGAAUAGUUGUAUAUUUAACCCAAUUGGCUGCAUGUUUAGCACUAAAGCUUUUAGCUUUAUUCCAAAUAGCAUAAGUGACCAGAGCAAUUUACUUUAUUCAAAUUACAUUCCGUUAACUGAGUUUCGGUCGGAAUUCACUGGCAAAUAUGACAAAUUUAUUAAGAGUAUUGUAGGAAGUUUGAACCUUGUGUUGAUGCUUUUUGCUAUGUUUGUACCUUUAUUUUUGCACUUAUUCUGUCAAUUUAGACUAUAUAAUCACCUUUGGGAUAUCAGAUCCGAGUCUAAAUCAAACAAAUUGAUGAGUGAUAAGGAAAGUGGUGAUAGUAUUCUAAAGCAUUUGGCCCACUUUGAAACCUUUUACUUUGUUGGAGUUUUAAUUUACUCUGCUAUUCAGGUGAUUGGGUUCCUAAUUACUCAUUACCAAUACAAAUUAUGUCUUGAAAACUUGUGUCUUGAAUCCAUUGAAGAUUCGAGGAACACGUUUCAAGAGUUAAAGGAUGAAGCUCUGGAGAGGCUAGAACACAUUUAUUCCAAUAACAAAAUCCUAGGAAAAUCGAAUCUUAAGAAUAGUAAGAUGAAGUUGACUAAGGAUUUUGAUGAAGCGUCUGGACAAUUUAACGAGUCAAAACUGCAAUACGUCUGGAGUAAAAUGAAGGGGCUAAAAAUCAAAGUAUUUUUCCUAAAGAUUUGGGGUCCUUUUGUAAUAAAUUUGAUUUUUACAGCUAUUCUCUGUUUCAAUCUGUACUACAAAAGGGUUAGAAUGAACAAGAGGGUGCCCUUGGGGCAUGCCAAGAUAGUUUCGGAUUUACAGUGGUAUGCUGCCAUUGAGUACGAGGGGUUAUGGUGGAUUUUUGCAGUGUUUGCAGUUAAUAUAGGAACUUGGAUUUGUCUAUGUUGGAUUAACAGAAGAGAUAGUUUCUUAAAUGCAUUGUGUAAGGCCAAGGGACCAAUUAACAAAAUCGUAAAGGAGCUUACAAAAGAUGUUUCAAGAGAAAUUUGGAACAAGGAGAUGAUGAAUAUUUUGAGCAGAUCGUUUGUCCAUGAAUCAGAAGAUUGGCCUAAAUAUCAAAAAUUCUCUAGUGAAAUUAAAAUAAACUUAAAUAAACCAAAAAGUUGUCCAUACAUUUGUAAACACACGUUUAAUGAAAUUACCUAA